AUGAGCAUCAACUUUCCGAAGACCGAGGAGGAGGUCAUCCGCUUCUGGCGUGAGAUCGAUGCCUUCCAGACGCAAGUCAAACUGAACGAGGGCAACAAGCCCUUCACUUUCUACGAUGGACCGCCGUUUGGCCUGCCCCACUAUGGCCAUCUGCUGGCCUCGACCAUCAAGGACAUCAUCCCCCGGUAUUGGGCUAUGAAGGGCUACCACGUGCCGCGUCGGUUUGGCUGGGACACGCACGGCGUGCCCAUCGAGUACGAGAUUGACAAGAAGCACGGCAUGUCCGCCCAGGACGCCGUUAAGAAGAUGGGCAUCGCCAAGUACAACGAGGAGUGCAAGGCCAUUGUGAUGCGCUACUCGGCCGAAUGGCGCAGCACCGUCGAGCGCCUCGGCCGCUGGAUCGACUUCGACAACGACUACAAGAGCAUGGACGUCCGGUUCAUGGAGUCCUGCUGGUGGGUCUUCAAGCAGCUCUUCGACAAGGGCACCGUCUACCGCGCCUACCAGAUCAUGCCGUUUUCGACCGCCCUCGGCACGCCCCUCAGCCACAUGGAGUCCAAGCAGAACGAGAAGUUGACCCAGGACCCGGCCGUUGUCGUCGCGUUCCCCGUCCUCAACGUCGAGGGCUAUGAGAACACGUCUCUGCUCGCCUACACCACCACCCCUUGGACCCUACCGUCGAACCUGCUCAUCGCCACCCACCCGAACUUUGAGUACCUGGUCAUCCUCGAUGAGGCCAGCGGCAAGCAGUACAUCCUCCAAGAGGCUGGCCUGACGCUCCUCUACAAGAAUCCCAAGAAGGCCAAGUACAAGGUCAUCAAGAAGAUCAAAGGCCAGGAGAUGGUCGGCUGGAAGUAUGAACCGCUCUUCCGCUACUACGUCGACAAAUACGCCGACUGCUUCCAGGUCAUCCCGGCCGACUAUGUCGAAGAGGGCGAGGGCACUGGUCUCGUCCACCAGGCACCUGCCUUCGGUCAGGAGGAUUACGACGCGGCCGUCGCUGCGGGCUUCAUUACCCCCCAGCGCCUUCCGCCUUGCCCGGUCGAUGACAAGGGCUGCCUGACCGACGAGAUCCCUGAGUACGCCGGCCAGCAUGUCAAGAUUGCCGACAAGGCCAUUCUCAAGGACCUGCGCAGCACGGGCCGCCUGCUGGUGGAGAGCCAGAUUAUGCACACGGACAAGUUCUGCUGGCGUUCUGAUACCCAGCUUAUCCGCAAGGCGGUGUCCUCGUGGUUUGUGCGUGUCGGCGACGCCAUCCCGCAGAUGCUCGACAACCUAAAGAAGACCACGUGGGUGCCCAGCGCGGUCAAGGAGAAGCGCUUCACCAACUGGGUCGCCAACGCCCACGACUGGAACGUCUCGCGCAACCGCUACUGGGGUACGCCUCUGCCGUUGUGGGUCAGCGACGAUUUUGAGGAAAUCGUCUGCGUCGGCAGCCGCGAAGAGUUGCGCCAGCUGAGCGGCCACGAGGGUUCGCUCGAUGACAUCCACCGCGACAAGGUUGACGACAUCACCAUUCCGUCGCGCAAGGGCAAGGGCCAGCUGCGCCGCGUGAACGAGAUUUUUGACUGUUGGUUCGAGUCGGGCUCUAUGCCGUAUGCCUCGACGCACUUCCCCUUUGCGGAGAACACCAAGCGCGCCGACGACCCCAACGGCCCACCAGCGCUCUUCCCUGCCGACUUCAUUGCCGAGGGUCUUGACCAGACGCGUGGUUGGUUCUACACACUGACGGUGCUGGCCAACCGGUUAUUUGGCCAGUCACCCUUCCGCAACGUCAUCGUUAACGGCAUCGUGCUGGCCGAGGACGGCAAGAAGAUGUCCAAGCGCCUGCAAAACUACCCCGACCCGGGCAUUGUGCUGUCGCAGUACGGAGCGGAUGCGCUGCGUCUGUACAUGAUCAACUCGCCUGUCGUGCGUGCCGAGUCGCUGCGCUUCAAGGAGUCGGGUGUCAAGGAGAUGGUGUCGCGCGUGCUGCUGGCGCUGUGGAACAGCUACCGCUUCUUCUCGGAGCAGGCGAACCUCUACGAGAAGACGACGGGCACGUUCUUCGUGGCCGAUCUGUCGGUGAUCAGCGACGGCAAAAGCCUCAGCAACGUCAUGGACCGGUGGAUCCUGGCGGAGAUGCAGAGCCUGCUUAAGUUUGUGGAGGCGGAGAUGACGGGAUACCGCCUCUACACGGUGGUGCCGCGGCUGCUGUCGUCGAUUGAGGACCUGACCAACUGGUAUAUCCGCUUCAACCGCCGCCGUCUCAAGGGCAGCGCGGGCCUGGGCGUCGACGACACGACGGCAGCCAUGAACACGCUGUUCCAGGUGCUGUUCACGCUGGUGCGUGCGCUGGCGCCGUUCACGCCGUUCAUCACCGAGCACAUUUACGGCCUGCUGAAGCCGCAUCUCAGCGCCGAAGUGCGCGGCAGCUUCAAGGACGACCGCAGUGUGCACUUCUUGUCGUUCCCGACGGUGCAGGAGUCGCUCUUCGACGAGGUCAUUGAGCGCAAGGUGUCGGCGAUGCAGAAGGUGAUCCAGCUGGCACGCACGGCCCGCGAGCGCUGCAACGUGUCGCUCAAGACGCCGCUGCUGUCGGUGGUGGUCAUUGCCGACAAACAUAUCUUGGCGGACGUGGAGGAGCUCAGCUCGUACGUGCGCGAGGAGCUCAACGUCCGCGACGUCAUCCUGACGAGUGACGAGGAGCAGUACGGCAUCGUGCUGGAGGCGCGUGUGGACUGGCCGACGCUGGGCAAGAAGCUUAAGAAGGACGUGCAGAUGGUCAAGAAGAACUUGCCCGGCCUCACGCAGAAUGAGCUGCGCCAGUUCCUGGCCGAGAAGAAGAUCAACGUUGGUGGCAUCGUGCUCGAGGAGAACGACAUUUCGAUUGUGCGCGUCCUGGGCUCGUCGGUCACCGCGUCCAAGGACAGCAAGGACGGCAAGGCCGCCAAGGGUGCGAAGGGGGCCAAGGAGGAGGCGAAGGAGGAGGCCAAGGGCGAGGUCAAAGAGGAGGCUCCUGCGCCGGCCGAGGGCCAGGAGGGCCACGGUCCCAAGUGGGAGCCCGGUUUUGCCGACGACAUGAUUGUGCUGCUCGACACGACGCCGCACCCGGAGCUGGCGGUCGAGGGCCUGGCGCGCGAGAUCAUCAACCGCGUCCAGCGCCUACGCAAGAAGGCCGGCCUGGUGCCCGCCGACGACGUGCGCAUGCACUACCACGUCGUGGAGAAUCCCGACGAGGUCGAUCUGGCGUCGGUUGUGACGUCGCACGAGCCGCUUUUCCAGACGGCUCUGCGCGGCACGCUGGAACCCUCGUCGGCGGACAAGGAGCCUGAGGCGCUUAUUGUAGAGGAGGAGCAGGCCAUUGGCGACCUGUCAUUUAUGCUGCGGCUGCUGCGCAUCUAA